CAGGUGAGACAGUUGCAGGCUUUUAGCACCUCUAUAUAAACCCCACGACUACCGGUGUAAAGGAAUUUUUUCUCUGUGCGUCUCUUCCUCCUGAGAACUCAUAUUCCUCGUUUUUUAUUCUCUCCUUUCUCCGCCUCGUCUUUCUCUGCAACCAACAAAUCGAAGCUUCUACCUCUUGUUUCUUUGUUCUUAAAGACAUCUCCACCAAACUUUGGAUCAGGAACUGAUGAAGAAAUUUCUUCGAUUAUUAGGUAAAUUCAUGGGAACCGUGAUUGAUGCUGUCAAACAGGAAGCAAAUGGAUGCUUGCCAAAUGGAAAGAAGGUCCAAGUUGUCUUCGUUUUGGGUGGUCCAGGUAGUGGUAAGGGCACCCAAUGUGCAAAUAUUGUCGAACACUUUGGAUUCACCCAUCUCAGUGCUGGUGAUCUUCUUCGAGCAGAAAUUAAAUCUGGUUCUCAAAAUGGUGAAAUGAUCCAGAACAUGAUUAAGGAGGGGAAGAUUGUUCCUUCUGAGGUAACAAUUAAGCUUCUCCAACAGGCAAUGCAGGAGAAUGCUAAUGACAAAUUCCUUAUCGAUGGCUUCCCCCGUAAUGAAGAGAACCGUGCUGCAUUUGAGAAAGUUACAGGAAUUAUUCCAGAAUUUGUAUUGUUUUUUGAUUGCUCGGAGGAGGAGAUGGAGAGGCGUAUUUUGAGUAGGAACCAGGGAAGAGAAGAUGAUAACAUUGAAACAAUACGGAAGCGGUUUAAGGUUUUUGUAGAAUCUAGUCUCCCUGUGAUUGAGUAUUAUGAGUCAAAGGAGAAGGUUCGGAAGAUUGAUGCUGGAAAACCUAUUGGAGAGGUCUUUGAGGCUGUCAAAGCUGUUUUCUCUUCAAUUGAUGCAAAGGUUUAAACUUGGUAUACUGGAUAUGAUUUAUUUUACAUGAGAAGCGUCACCAGCAUAUUUAGUACUGCUCAUAGUUUAUCUAUUGAGGCCUGUGAUGUCAUUAUUAUUAUUGUUGUGACUAAAUUCUCUUAAUACAAAUACUUAUAGAAAUAAUAUUCUGUCUUUGGAGGUAGUCCAAUGCAUUCUUUCUUCUCAAAAAAGUUUUGUUCAUGAUAUCUUCCAUCACCAUGCAUGGUUCCAAAAAAUUUCAACUUUUUUUUUUCCCCUUUUUUAUUUGAAGUGUAUCUUAAACUUCUUGUAGAUCAACUUUUUAUAAUUCUAUGAUGAAAAUAGAUGUCUGCCUUCUACUUUGA